AUGAGCUCGCACAAUGACGAAAAUCAAAUGCUACUAGAUGAGGUGUUGAACCAGAAUGGGAACAAACAGAUGGGUGCAGGGAACUCGAUGCCAAAUUUCUUGGAUUUCUAUGACGAUAUACAACAUUCAAGUAGUGUGACAAAAGAAAGAGAAUCACAACUGCAACAACAACAAGCUCAAAUGAAUGGGAGAGGAUCUGGAGUAUCGUCUUCGACACAGAAUAAAUUUGUUUACCCUGGAAGUAAUCCAGCUAUGCAGCAUGAGAAAUUAGCAUAUAUGAGCCAAAACAACAAUAACUCACAAGACUAUGAAUCGAUGAAUAGAGAUCCAUAUGGAAGGACAGUUUCCCAAAGAAACAAUGACGAAGUGGCGGUAACAAAUGCCUCUUUCCUAGACGACAUGUUUACUACUUCUUCUCACGCCACACAACAGCAACAAAAUCAACAACAGUUCAAUAAUAUGGAUCCAGAUCAAGGAACCGAUAUGGGCCGUCAGGAUUCCAUAUCUGUAUCAAUAUCUAAUAACUCGUAUGCCCAGUCCUUUACAGAUGAACAAAUGCCGCAUGAUCUAUUUACUACUAAUACAGAAGACCAAAUGAUAAACUUCACAGAUGAUUUAAGUUCAUCCUUGGGAUCUUCGAUACAUUCGGGGUUUUAUACAUCAAAUUUAGGAACUCCAACUUCGAGUAUGUUAAAUGCACACAAUUUAGAUACAAUAAACUCAUUGACAGCCACAAGUUAUAAUCAAAACAAUACGUUCUCACCUGGUUCUUUAAGGUCACCAUCGUCGUCAUUCAGACCUAAUGCAUCAUAUUUAUCAACAUCAUUAAGACAACCAAGUACGUUAUCAAAUUAUAAUCCCAAUAAUUCCUCAUUAUCCAAUAACAACAACAACAACAACGCAGCCACCCCACAUUCAAGACAACCGUCUAUAUCUGGUGCACCCAACGGGGCAGAUUCAUUACUAAGUACCUCUGUUCCAAAAUCGUUAUCACAUCUAUCUCAUGAUGAAAAAUUAAGACGUAAAAGAGAUUUUCAUAACGCAGUUGAAAGAAGAAGGAGAGAUUUAAUAAAACAAAAAAUUAAUGAAUUAGGAAAUUUGGUACCACCAGCUCUAUUACGUUACGAUGAAAGGAGAAAACCAGUGAAACCAAAUAAAGGAAUUAUAUUAAAUAAAACUGUUGAUUAUGUGAGAUUCUUAAUGGAUGUUGGUAGAGCUCAAGAUCAUAAAAAAGAUCAACUAUUGCGAAAAAUUAACGAAUUAGAAGAAAAGUUUAAUAAUAUCGACCUGAAAGGAGCUUCAAGCGAAUUAUCUGAGUCUGUAGGAACAUCUAGAACGUUAACUUCCAAAAAUAACAGUACUCGUAACAUUCAACACAUCGCAGAGGGAGAAGAAAGAAUUAUUGAUUCAAGGGCAUACCCAGAUCUAAAGGCAAACGUAAAAGGUGAAAUACAUGAUGAUUUACACCAGUUCCUAUCGGGAAAUAUACUAGAAGCACAGGAUAACGCCCAAUUAAUGUUUGGGGAUCCAAUGAAUGAUAGUAAUGGAAACCCAGCUGACUACUUACUCGAAUUUGACUCAUAA